AUCUUCAUCAGACUCCCUCCCCCUUCACCUUUCCUCUAUUUCCCCCCCAUUCGUCAAUUCCUACUACAAACCCUUCUCCCAAUUUUGCACCCUGGCUUAAAGGUCAUGGCUGGGAAAAGAGUGAUAGCUAUUUGCCAGUCAGGAGGUGAAUUUGAGACGGAUAAAGAUGGUUUUCUAUCUUAUAAGGGUGGAGAUGCUCAUGCUAUGGAAAUUGAUGAUAAGAUGAAGUAUAAGGAUUUCAAGACGGAGGUUGCAGAGAUGUUUAAUUCCAACCUUAAUACAAUGACUGUCAAAUAUUUUCUCCCAAGCAACAAGAAGACACUUAUUACUAUCUCCAAUGAUAAAGACCUUAAACGCAUGAUCAAGUUUCACGGCGAUGCUGAGACUGCUGAGAUUUUUGUAAUGACUGAGGUCAUUGUUCCUGAAGCUUCGCACAUGCCUGGCAGUAGGUCAAGCAGGACAACUUUGUCAGAAGCGGGAGUUCCAGUUGAUGCCCCUCCAAAUGUCAUGGAGGAAGAUGUUGCUGAUGAUUCAAACCAGGCUGGUCUUUUACUUGAUGCCAACUUUGAUAUUGUAGGUGAUACCAACCAUGGUGAUGUUGAUAUUGAUAUUCCAGCUGAAAUUGCUGCUCCUAUAAAUGCUGUUGGUUCCUAUAAUGAAAAGCAUGCUAAAGCCACUGAAAUGUGGCAAAACAACAUUACUGGUGUUGGCCAACGGUUCAACAGUGUACAUGAAUUUCGUGAGGCAUUGCGCAAAUAUGCUAUUGCACAUCAGUUUGCUUUCAAGUACAAGAAGAAUGACAGUCAUCGUGUGACAGUAAAAUGCAAAGAAGAGGGCUGUCCGUGGAGAAUUCAUGCAUCAAGGUUGUCAACAACCCAAUUGAUAUGCAUUAAGAAAAUGAAUCCAACGCAUACGUGUGAAGGUGCUACUCUAAAGAAUGGGUAUCAGGCAACGAGAAGUUGGGUUGCAAGUAUCAUAAAGGAGAAGUUGAAAGCUUUCCCUAACUAUAAGCCAAAGGACAUUGUGCAAGACAUCAAACAGGAUUAUGGAAUACAAUUAAAUUACUUUCAGGCCUGGCGUGGGAAAGAGAUUGCCAAGGAACAAAUUCAAGGCUCAUAUAAAGAGGCAUAUAGACAGUUACCAUACUUCUGUGAAAAGAUAAUGGAGACAAAUCCUGGUAGUCUCGCUACUUUCACUACCAAAGAAAAUUCGAGUUUUCAUCGGCUUUUCAUAGCAUUCCAUGCAUCAUUAUAUGGCUUUGAACAUGGAUGUCGUCCUUUGCUUUUCCUUGAUAGCUUACUUUUGCGCUCAAAAUACCAAGGUACGCUUCUGGCAGCAACAGCUGCUGAUGGCAAUGAUGAUGUUUUCCCUGUUGCUUUUGCUGUGGUAGAUUCAGAAUCUGAUGAUAAUUGGCGUUGGUUUUUGCUACAACUUAAAACUGCACUUUCAAGAUGUCGUGAUAUGACUGCUGGAGUUGACAGAGAGGCAAUUGCCAUCAACACGUUGUCAGCAAGUCGCAGUAUGACAAUUGUGGCAGAUAGAGACAAAGGAUUAAGAGAAUCAAUAGCUGAAAUUUUUAAGGAUGAUGAGAUCUACCAUGCUUAUUGUCUGCGAUAUCUUUCUGAGCAACUAAUUAGAGAUUUGAAGGGUCAGUUUUCUCAUGAAGUUAAGCGUCUAAUGGUUGAAGACUUGUUUGCAACAGCUUAUGCAACGAGGCCAGAAGGCUUCCAAAGGUGCAUUGAGAGUAUUAAAAGUAUUUCAGUUGAAGCCUAUAACUGGAUCAUGCAAAGUGAGCCUGAGCACUGGGCUAAUGCAUUUUUUCCUGGUGCAAGAUAUAACCAUAUGACAUCAAACUUCGGAGAGCUCUUUUACAGUUGGGUGUCAGAUGCCAAUGAAUUGCCAAUAACACAGAUGGUUGAUGCAAUAAGAGGAAAGAUAAUGGAGUUGAUUUACACCCGGCGGACUGAAUCCAAUCAAUGGAUCACACGGUUAACCCCGUCUAUGGAGGAAAAAUUUGAAAAGGAAAGCCUUAAAGUUCGCCCCCAUCAAGUAUUAACAGCUUCUGGGAGCACAUAUGAGGUGCGUGGAGAGUCCAUUGAACUUGUUGACAUUGCGAACUGCAAUUGUACAUGUAAGGGAUGGCAACUUUCUGGAUUGCCUUGCUGCCAUGCCUUGACUGUCAUUGGUUGCUUGGGCCGAGAUCCAUAUGAUUAUUGUGCUAGAUACUUCACCACCAAUAGUUACAGAUUAACAUAUUCAGAGUCCUUAAAUCCAAUUCCAAGUAUAGAAAGGCCUGGGAGAAAGGAUAUUUCUCAGGGUGCUGUAACUGUAACCCCUCCUCCAACUCGUCGCCCUCCUGGCAGACCUACCACUAAGAAAAAUGCUUCACAGGAGUCUAUGAAACGUCAGCUCCAAUGUAGUAGAUGCAAGGGUACUGGGCACAAUAAGUCAACAUGCAAAGAGUUUGCAUUGGAGUUCUAGACUAUGAUUUUUGGACAAAUGGAACUGUUGUGCCAUCAAACACAUCGAUAGUUGCUGACGUACCUUCUAGGCAGUUUUCUUUUCUUCAUUUUUUUUAUCAUUUUCUUUUAUUUGGUUUUUCUAACUUUAGAUAUUUUUUAGCCUUAAUAAGUUAGAUUAGAUGUUUAGAAUCAUUAGACAGCUUUCUUAACUGAGAUCAGCUCACCUUGUGGUGUAAAUAUCAGUUGCGCAGUUCACUUGUUUCAUGUCAAAAGCUUCCUCUGGAUGUGUCUUUUGUGGAUUCUCUUGGUAUUGUACCAAGAGAUUAGGGAUGGUAGUACAUUCCCAUUGGUGAGAUGUGGAUCUGUACUACUAGCAAUUAGCAAUUUUAUUCAUUUUUUUUUCUUUUAGCAUGAAAGGUCCCGCUACUUUAUUUAGUA